AUGUCGUAUUGCUAUGGGUUUGAGAAAGAGUGCAUUGUCAACAAUGAUCCAAAGACGACAACACUUCAGAAAUCGAUCACGGCAUGCUCGGACUUGAGCCCGCUCUCCAUCUUCGAUCCAGGAAAAGCCAACUCUGAUGCCAUGGGUGGUUCAGAAGGAACCGCCAAUGGAGGAGACUCUGGUGGUGGGGACUCUGACAGCGAUGACCCUGAUGGAGGAGAUGGUGCAGGUGGCGAUAAUGGCCCUGGGCCCAAAUGGCCCAGCUAUCUCACAGAUGACUUUAUUGCUUUGGCACCAACCAGUCAGGUGAUGUCCAUGUUAUUCAUUCUGGGCACCUCUACUGUUGCUGUGUCAAUUUUCCUCCGUUUGAGCACCAUUCGCUACACCUGGAGACCUCCAGGACCACCAAGCCCGUUGGAUGAUAGUGACCCACCGCCGGGCUACCCAGGUUCACCAACGGACUUCCCUCCCCCCAAUCUGCAAAUUCUGAGCCUGGUGGUCAGCUUGAUUUUGCUCACCAUCGGCUCCUCCAUCGCAACCUUGAUCUCGACGCAAUUCGUUGGGCUUAUCACCAAAAGUGGAAGUCCUGAUUUUUUGACUAGUUCCAGCAGUGGGUUCCUGGGCAUGGCCUGGACUGCUGUUGGAAUCCAAGCUUUGCUUACCACCGACGUUCUAGUUGCUCUUAUUCGAUGGAAGAGUCGCCAUUGUCGUUGUGAUUAUGACGAGCUGCCCUCACCUCGAGAUCCGGAAAGCAAGAGACUCGUUUCUAGCUCUUACUGA